UAUCAUAACCGUAACACAAAACAGAAAACUUUGUUUAAGUUCCUCCUUUUCCACUAUUCACUUUUAUCAGUGUGUACAUUCGUGCACGCGCUCAGACUGUAUUUAGUCACGCAGAUAUGAAGAAGCGUGCGGAAUGCGUCCUGGCGCACGAGCUUAAAUUGAGCUCGGAGAGCGAGACCCUCUGUGCUCCGUUCAUCAUGAACUUAUAAUCGUGAAGGAAACGGCCACUCUUCGAGUUUAGUCAGCUGGAUUUUCCUCAACCAAACCAAACUUAGUAUAUAUUUCUAGUGAUGUCUCUCUCAGGAGAACAGGGGAGCGAUGAUUCGGACACGGAGCUGCUCCUCGCGACUCUCUCGCCGGAGGAGGUAGAGGAGCUAGAGCAGGAGCUCGUGUACAUCGACCCGGACCCGCAUGUACCGGUGGGGCUCCGUCAGCGGAACCAGACGGACAAAGUGCCGUCCAGAGGGUAUGAUAGAGGGGCCAUGCUGGACUACUGCGAGCGGCAGACCAAGAGAUUGAUCCGCAGAGAGCUGAGCGUAGAGGGAGACACAAGAGGGGAGGGCCGAAGGAGAGAUCGACUCCAUCGGAUGAGGAGCAGAGAGUUUUCCAGGUCACAGAGCUGCGACCCUCCCGACUCAGAGAGCCGAAAAGCUGCAAGUGAACCACCCACUGAAAACAACGACAAUGAGAAAGCAAGACAAACAGAUAAUGUCUCCAAAGAUCCUUCUGACAAAAAAGAGAAGAACACGGAAAGAGAGGAGAAAGAAAAAGAUGAAAAGACAGUGGGUGGAUCAGAACUGAAAGAAAGAGAAGGUUCUAGAAAAGAGAGGGGAACCAGCAAGACUCUGGAGCUUAUUUCCAAACUGCAAGAUAAAAAAGAGGAGAAGAAAGAACAGGAGAAGAAGGAAGAAAGAAAGGGGAGCGAGAACUCAAAAAUUAGAGGGUUCGUCUCCAAACUGCAGGAUAAAGACAAUGAGAACCUUAAAGAAAAAGACAACAAGGCGGAUAUCAAGAAAAGAGAAGAAAGCAGAACCAAAGCACUAGAGGAGCAAAAAAACAGCAGAGCAAGAGACUGGAUGAACCAAAAAGAAACAGAGGAGAAGAGCAAAAUAAAGGAUGAUGAUAAACAUCUUACACAGAGAAAGUUAUCCAGAUCUCAGAAAGAGAGCGAAUCAAAGAAAGAAGAAAAGAUGUUUGACAAAUCAAAAGAACAAGUCAAACAGUCAGAUAACACAAACAAGAAGAUAUCUACAAAUUCCAACCAUAAUGUCUCGAAGAGUGAAGACUGUUCAGUAACAGAUGAUGAAGAGUCUUUAAGUGAAGAUGCUGAUAUGGACAGUGACACUGGCUCUAGCAUGUUUGAUGACCUUCUGGAACAAGUUCGCAGUGACGACCCUGAACUAACCGAGGUCAACGUCAAUAAUUCAGAUGCCAUAAAGACAGACACUCUGAGACAGUUUGCAGAAGGUCUUCGUAGCAACACUCACAUCAAAACCUUCUCCCUCGCCAACACCAGAGCGGACGAUCACGUUGCUUUCGCCAUUGCUAAAACCCUACGUGAUAACUCCACCCUGACUUGCAUCAAUCUCGACUCCAACCAUUUAACAGGCAAAGGCAUCUUGUCCAUUAUCAACUCUCUCCAGCUCAACAAAACGCUCAAGGAGCUGAGAUUUCAUAACCAGAGACACAUCUGCGGAGGGAAGACGGAGAUGGAGAUGACCAAAGUGUUGCGUGACAACUCUUCUCUAGUGAAGCUGGGAUAUCACUUUGAGCUGGCCGGUCCCAGGAUGACCAUGACGAACAUCUUGAGCCGAAACAUGGACAGGAAGCGGCAAGAACGGCUAGAGGCGAAGAAAGUCUCCAGACAGGACAGCGACUCCUCUCACAAAGCCCCAAGUGAAGAUAAGAAGAGCUUGCAUGAUAAGCCAAAAAUGUUAACGUCAAUCUCCCACAGUGAGAAGAAAAGCUCAAAAUUUGCUGCGAUGUCUAAAUUAACCUCUGUUCAGCAAACUACAAAAGCGCCAUCCGCGAAGUCUCCACCUAAACCGCUUUCCUCUGAAGUGACGAGGAAGAAGGAAGGGCCAACAGGAAGUAGACAUGUCCCCCCUCCACCACCUCCCGGACCAGCUUUAGACGUCCAGGCCUUGAAGAGGUCAUUGAAUCCCAUCUCUCAGAGGAGACAGGACAGUGGUACAACUGUCAGACACAAAGAGAGGAACUCUAGAGAUCAGCUGCUGGACUCUAUCAGAAACUGCGGCAUGAACACUCUCAAAAAGGUUGAGAUCCCCAAGCGUCUGAAAUAGCAUAUGCCCUUGGAAUACCCUGGAACCUUAAGAGACCCAUUAUCUUGAAAAUCAUUGUUGUUCAUCUAAAUAUCUAAGGUGGGAUACACCAAGUUGUCCACUUAACCAGCUGAGUGUGAUUUAUUUUUCUUGGACUGACAGUAAUUCAGUGAGGUUGAGUUUUAUGACACAAAGACACUGUUUUGGAUCUAGAUGAGAUCUUGGGAUUUACAGUCUGUCAUAAUGAAUAUAUAUGUAAUGAUGUGUUCAUUUUUAUCAGGAGGUUUGUUUGACCUUGUGAUUAGUUUUUUUAAUGCAACACACUGCUUUUCUGAAGCUAUCUCUCAUUAAAAUAAGAUAUCAAAUCCA